AUGGUGAUUUAAGGACCAGUUCAUGACUCUCAGAAUAAUUUGGGGCUACCGGCUGCUGCCUUUUGAUCCUGCCAUCUGUCUUAACCCCCAAUCUACAUGGGGGGCAUGAGUGAUGCUGGUGCCUGCCACAGAGAUGGAUGCCUUCCGACAGUCUUACACUAGGCUAUGCAAGGAGAGCAGUGCUGAGCCUCAAGAGAGCAUCCUGCAGCACUUGGAGGAAGCAGCAGGAAGAAGCCGCUUGGAUUUGGCCACGCAGAGCCUUUCUGUAGAUACAUGUGGAGUCCUUGGCAAGCUCUUGCAGGAUGACCUCCAGUUCACUGAGAUCAUACUGAACGACUGCAUGCUGAAUGAAGAAGGGGCUAAGCUGCUAUUACAUGGACUUUGUUCCAAUACAGUUGUGAAGUUCUUAAAUCUGAAGGGAAACAACUUGCGAGCUGUUGGGGCCGAGGCUCUGGGAAAGCUUCUCAGGCAAAACAAGACUAUCCAGAGGCUCACUUUGGAAUGGAACAAUCUGGGAGUAUGGGAAGAAAGCUUCACUAUCUUCUGUGAGGGGCUUGGUGCCAAUGGCCAUCUCCAGAUGCUUGACUUGCGCAAUAAUCAAAUAAACCACCAGGGGGCAGGAGAACUGGCCAUGGCACUGAAAGCCAAUUCUAUUCUGCAGGAACUUGAUCUACGCUGGAAUAACAUUGGGCUGUUAGGAGGCCGGGCACUUCUAAACUGUCUUCAUAGCAACCGGACACUACGGCAGCUCGAAUUGGCUGGGAACAAUGUACCCAGUGAUAUCCUGAAGGCUGUGGAUCAAGCAAUGGAGCAUAACCAAGAGCGUCAGAAUAUACUCUGCAAAAGUCGUAACAUGACUAAAAUUCUCAGCAAAGAGGUGCUAUGCUUGAAAGAAGAGAAAGCUAAACAGUUCCUGGAUCUAAUGGACACCAUUGACAAGCAGAGAGAGGAAAUAAACCGCAGCAACAGGGUAUCAACAGUUCGAGUUGGGCAUCUGCAAGAGGCCCUGAAUGAGCACUAUUCUGUGAUGAAUUCCCUCAAAGCGAAACUCCAGAUGACAGAGGCAGCUUUGGCUCUGUCAGAACAGAAGGUGUGCAGUCUGGGAGAACUGCUGAACGCAGCAAAGCAGGAGCAAACAAGGCUGGUGGAGAACCACACCAAGGAGUUUCAGCAACACAAGAAGAAUUCUUCUGAUUGUGAGGCAAAGCUUCUGCGGGAACUUUCAACAGCCAAUGAGAAAAAUAUCCAGCUCAAGAAUGAGGUAGAUGAGCUGGAAAGACGGUGCAAAACCCAGCAAGAACAACUGUUCCGGGUGAAGGAGGAACUGACCCACACAACUGCAGAAAUGAAACUGAGAGUUGUACAGGCUGAAGAGCGUUUGGAGAAUGAAAAGAAGCGAUUCAAGCAGGUCCUGGAUGAUGCAGAAUCCCUUCGUCUGAAGGAGGUGGAUCACAUAACUCAGCAUAUGGAGACAAGUGAGCGUGCCCUUCAGGAGCGCAUCCAAAGGCUGGAGGCCACCCGCAUCAGGCUCGAGGAGGAACUGAGCCGAGUGAAAGCUGCUGCCCUUGUUGAGCGAGGCCAAGUUGAGGAAGAAGUCAUCAGAGCCAAAAACCAAACCAGGCUGGAAGAGCAACAACGCCUGGAGCACAUGGAGGAGAAGCUGCGGCUGAUGAUGCAGUCCCGUGACGAGGCUCAGAAUUACUGCUUGCAGCAGAAGCAAGCAGUGGCAGAAGCACACGCUAAGGAGGGCCAGCUGAGUCUGCAGGUAGAAGGACUCAAGAGGCGACUGGAAGAGCUUCAGCAGGAGCUGAGCUGUAAGGAACAAGAGAAAGUUUCCGAGGUCAAUAAAGUGCGUGUGGAGCUGCAGGAGCAGACUGGUCGCCUAGAGGCCGAGAGAACAGCACAAGAAGGGCUGCGAGAGAAGAUUGCAGCCCUGGAGCGCCAGCUGAAAGUGUUGUCCAGUAACCACCGGGAGGCACUAUUGGACAAAGAGGGUGAAAUCUCAGGCCUGCUUGAGAAACUGCGGGUUCGAGAAGCAGAAAUCUCCAGGAUAAAGGAGGAGGAAGCUCAGCGGGCCAGUUUUCUUCAAAACGCCAUCCUGGCCUAUGUGCAAGGUUCCCCACUUGGCUCUCUCAGCCCCAAGAAGUGAAACUGAAUUCAGCAGUUCAUAAGUCCCAUCUUCAAGGAAGGGAUCACAGGAGGAUCAUGGUGGCCAGGCCAGGCUUUCUUAUGCAACUUGAAGAUACAAGAAACUGCGUGGCCAAUUACUUGGGGCUAAGUGUGAACUAUCACGGAAGGACUCAUGGCUGCUUUAGAAACCUUCUUAAUUUCUGUGCCAAAAUCUUGUUCAACCAUGGCAACAAGCACAGUCUUCGAGAUAAAGCCAUCCAUUCCAAUUUGUAGCCCACAGGCAAUGUAUGUUCACACAAGUUCUCCCUCACUGAUUUUGGCCUCAAAUUUAGACCCAAAAUACGCAUCAUUUCUCUGAUAUGAUUGCUGUUGGAAAAAGUAGUGCUUUGAUACAACUGACUUUUAUAAUUGCAUCAAUAGGUAUAGUGAAAGGAACAGUUAUUUAAAUCAGCCGAAUCAUGUAGAUAUUUCCUACACCCAUUUUUCUGCUCUGUAAGAACUACAGCACUCCAAAUAACCUCAAAAGGAGUAACGUUGGGUCUAGAGUCAUUUGGGAUUGUCCUGAUCCAAUAGAACAUAGAAUUUGUUUUCCAUACCUGAGAAUAUCACUGUUACUCUAGUUUCCUAAGGAAUGUUUUUACAGUAAGCCUCAGCCAUUAGUACCUGAUUUCUCUGGACUCAAAGGUGAAACAGGUGGAAUGUCCUAAUAGGGGUGGGGUUUGAUUUAUCCAUGAAAGCUUUUCAGUUUAAGUAAGGAGAAGAGACAGCUUCUCUCACUGACAGCUUCUAUCACUCUCCUUACUACAGUUUAAGUAAGGAGAAGCUCACAUCUGAAAUGUGAGCCAGAGGUUAGAAUUACUUCCAAAUCAUCCUGAUUUUGCUAGAGUUGUUUUGAGAACAAGAUGAUAAACAUGGAACAGAAAGAAUGAGGGUUUGUUUUUAUUUUUAGUUUUAAAACUGGUAUGAAAAUGAAAUGUUUGUAUUUUUGCCCUUGUUGUAGGUCUGGCUUGCAUUUACUUUAAUAAAAAAAUCUCUUCUCA